AUGUGGUCCAACAACUCAAUGACACCAGACCAGGAGAAGGUUUUCACGGAAUGGAUUGAUCGUUUUUCCUGGCAUACUCGGCCAACCUUUCAUCAAGCCAACGACUUUCUAAAUAUCAAAUUCUCAGAAUCUUGGACCACCAACUUUGUCAAUGGCAUGAUCGACGAGGUGUACGCUACCAAGAAGCCUGAAAUGGGCGGCCGUUGGACUCCGUCGCCGCCGCCCGACGAGCCCGCCACCCCGCCGCACACCGGCAAGAUCAGGCUUCCCGGUUACGGCAUGGGCAUCUCGCUUCAAGCACCGGGUGAAGACGACCCUCAGUUUCCCGUUCUCGUUGCAGAAAAGGAAGAGGGUUGGAAGGCGGACACCCUUCUCAUCCGCGAGUACUGCAUGCUCCAGGCCGUCGAGAGCCUCACCAACAAGCCGGAGUGGUGGAGCAAGGUCCGCGAUCCGGAGAUUGCGGCAAAGUGGAAGGCGGAGAUGCUGGUGAUGCCCUGGAAUCAGUUUCAUGAGCACGCAGACUUUACAGCAAACAUGGCAGACGCGUGCAUCGAGGAGCUACUCAUGAAAGCAAAAAUGUAUGAGGAAACUGGCUUGGUUCCCGUCUUUGACUACUCGGCUUGCGUCCUCAAGUCGGACAGUCUGAUGGACGCCGAUCUGACUAGGAAGCUUAUCGAGCACGUAAAGCCUCUGGAAAAUGUCCCAGAGUCCGCCAAGGACUGGCACCCGGGAAGCGACGAGAAGGUCCUGGACCUCGUUCACCCAUCUCUCUGGCCAUUGGUGUUUGGCAAGACAAGGAUCAUGCCCGAUUUUGAAAUCAACUUGGAGAACUGCAUUAGCUUCGUCGGAGCUGGCGAGGUGAUCCCGAAGCCACACGCGAGCGAGAAGAAGAGGGCCCUCUUUUGGAACGACCGCGACGUGGCCGCGACAUCCAUCAACUUCCAGUGGCUACCGUGCAAUGUCGAGGUCAACCAGGACGGCAAGGCACGCAUCACCAGCUACAUCAACAACCUACACCCAGUCAAGCAUAAAGACUUGUACCCCGUGAUUGAGGAGUUCAUCACCAAGUCCUUGCCUGCCUGGGAUUACGUCUAUCGCUGGCCAGAGGAGUUUCGGUAUCAGCGUCUGCAGACGAUGGAGGUUGGACCUGACUGCACUGUUCCAGAACUCUGCGGGUCGUAUUGCCACCCGACCCGCCGGCCCGUGGAGGAGGGCGAGGCCGCAAGGGAAGAGGAUGAAGAGGACGACGGGGACUAUGAAGAUUCCGAUCGUGCGCAGCUCGAUGACAAGUGGUUUACUGAGACACAUCCACCGAAGCUUCCAGACGCCUCGCCGGGCCCGCCGAACACCGAGGCCUACAAGGACGAGGUCAAGACGAGCGGCUUCUUCGAGUCGGCCAGCCGCCUACAGGUCAUCGUCAAGCUGGCCAACAUCCACCUCACGCCCGAGAAGCCGCGCUACAACGGCGGCAGCUGGCACAUCGAGGGCCAGCACAACGAGCACAUCGUCGCGACCGCACUAUACUACUAUGACACGGACAACAUCACCGAGUCGCAGUUGUCGCUGCGAACGGCGGCGGACGCCGAGGAGCUCUGCAGCGAACUGCAGUACGAGCAAAACGACAUCCGCUCCAUUGCGCGCACCUUUGCCGUUGAGCAGUCGCACGAGGCGAGCACGCUGCAGGACGUCGGCGCCGUGACGACGCGCGCGGGUCGCGCGCUCUUCUUCCCGAACCUGUACCUGCACCGCGUCAAGCCGUUCGCGCUGGCGGACCCGAUGCGCCCCGGGCACCGCAAGAUACUGGCGCUAUUCCUGGUCGAUCCGAAAGUGCAGGUGAUCUCGACGGCCAACGUGCCGCCGCAGCAGCGCGAUUGGUGGCCGGGCGAGGAGUUGGUGAGGCGCGGGAUGAGGGUUCCGGCGGAGGUGGGCGAGAUGGUGCUGGACAACGUGGACUUUCCGUACGGGUUGGAGGAGGCCAGGAGGAUCAGGGAGGAGCUGAUGGCAGAGCGGAGUACGGAGCAGAAGAAUUUUGUGCGCGAGCUCAAGGCGAUCGAUUUCAGCUUCUGCGAGCACUGA